UGGCAGCUCCACAGACACCCAGGAACUGCUCCUUCCCCUGGCACGGAGUCACCCCAGGUGUCCCUCGCAUUGUCCUGCUGGAAGCGGUGAAGGCCCAUCCCGGCCAGCGAUGCUGAUCCUGAGCUGUCCCUCCAAGCUGCGGCUGCUGGAGGGGAUGCUACGGCGGGGCCUGCCUGACAUGCUGCUGGUCUACGGCACGGUGAUGCAUGUGAACCGCGGGAACCCGGCUGGCCAGGAGGUGCUGGUGGAUUCAUGGCCAGAGUUCAAAAUGGUCCUCACCCGGCCACACAGAGAAGUGGCGCGGGACCCAAGUGAUUAUUUCACCAAUUUGUACACGGCCUUUUACCGGGACGAGGGCGCCUGCCGGGCCCUGCUGGGGAACAGCCGCACCGUGGACUGGGGCCAGGCCUUCCAGAUACAGGGGCUGCAGGACGGGGUACAUGAGACCAUCAGGGACAUCGCCAGGGCCAGGGGCCUUGAAAUGGAGACGUAUCCACACCGGCUACUACUGCACCCAGACCCGCCUGCCAUGCCCCAGUACCGGCCUGACAGGGGGCUCAGGCUGGCCCCUGUGUCCCCCGCCCACGCCAUGCUGCUCAACGACACCUGGAAGUUUGGGGGAAACAGCUGGAGCCUGCACUACCUGAGCCACCUGAUCCGCCACUUCCCCAGUGCCUGCCUGCUGGACCCUGAGGGGACCCCCAUCUCCUGGUGCCUCACCGACCCGCUGGCUGCCCUGACACACGGUUACACCCUCCCGGAGCAUCGUGGCCAGCACCAUGUGAGGCCCGUGGUGGGGACGCUGGCAGCACAGUUGCAUGCCCGCAGUUUCCCUGUUUACACCCGGGUGCUGCCCCACAACGAGCCUUCGCUGCACACCCUGCAACGCCUCGGCUUCCGCAUCCUGCCUGGGGUGUUCUACCAGCUGGUGGUGAGGCCCGGGUUCACCCAGUCCCAGCCAGCCAGUGCUCUGGACUCAGCCCAGGACCCUGCGCCCAGCUCUGGGGAACAGCCACACUCCACCAGCAUGUAGCACUGGGGGAAUAGAAUCAUAGAAUAUCAGGGUUGGAAGGGACCUCAGGAGGUCAUCUAGUCCAACCCCCUGCUCAAAGCAGGACCAAUUCCCAGUUUUUUACCCCAGUUCCCCAAAUGGCCCCCUCAAGGAUUGAACUCUCAACCCUGGGUUUAGCAGGCCAAUGCUCAAACCACUGAGCUGGAGACGGUGACUCAGCCCAGGACCCUGCACCCAGCUCUAGGAAAC